UGUCAGAUUGCACCGUUUGGGGACCGUGACGUGGUGAUUGGUCACUUUAAGUUCAUGUUAAAAACUGUUAAGUUAGCGCUAACUAUACUGUGACUAGGUUGGUGGACGUGUUUCGUACAUACCCACGAGUUUUAUUUUAAUACGGAAUUGGACUUUUUCUGUCUGUUUUUACUGGAAUCAGACGGUUUGCGAUAGUUUUAGCUGACUAUCAGGACUGUGUAACUGACACACGAACCGGUGGCAAUAUGAAGCUCUACAGUCUCAGCGUCCUCUACAAAGGAGCGACCAAAUCCAAUCUUCUCAAAGCGGCCUACGACCUGUCCUCCUUCAGUUUCUUUCAGCGCUCCAGCAUUCAGGAGUUCAUGACCUUCACCAGUGCCUUGAUUGUUGAACGAACAUCUCAAGGAACCCGUGCCUCUGUCAAAGAACAAGAGUACCUGUGCCAUGUGUAUGUGAGAAAUGACAAUUUGGGUGCUGUAGUCAUCGCAGAUACUGAAUAUCCACAGAGAGUCUGUUUCACAUUGCUUGACAAGGUAUUAGAGGAGUUCUCUAGGCAAGUGGACAGUAUAGACUGGCCUUCUGGUAAUCCUGACACCAUUAACUACAAAGCCCUUGACAUUCACCUCUCUAAAUACCAGAACCCCAGGGAAGCUGAUGCAAUGACCAAAGUGCAGGCAGAGCUGGAUGAGACAAAGAUCAUUUUGCACAACACCAUGGAAAGUCUGUUGGAAAGAGGAGAGAAACUGGACGAUCUUGUGGCAAAGUCAGAGCAUCUGGGAAACCAGUCUAAAGCCUUCUACAAGACUGCACGGAAACAGAACUCUUGCUGUGAAAUCAUGUGAUGUCGCUGCCUCGUCCUUCUUGGACAUGCCUCUCUAUCUCUGCCUUUCUGCUUUUCCUACAACUCCCAUCAUCCACCUGCCACCAGCUCUCAACCAAGACAGUUCAGAGGCCGUCAAAUCCAAGAUGGGACACCGAGAAGAGAGCAAGAAAGGAUGGCCAGUCUUAAAUGCGACCUCUGCGGAUUGUGACUGAUGGGGGCUGAAGGAGUGAUGGGGUUUGGUCAGGGGGGAAAAGUAACACGAGUUAUUUUUAACCAUUGAAAAGGUAAACAUCUGUGCAGUUUUUCAGUACCAGCCGGAGACAUAAGUGUGACGUCAUGUAUUGGUGAUGUGUCGUUAAAAUGUCUUCAAACCAUUUAAUGUUAUUUCGAUUGAAUCAGAUCUUAAUAGUCUGGUCUCCACUCUUAAAAUUUGAAGGAGUAUUAACCAUGGUUGUGCUGCUGCUUCAUGGCAACUCUGACAAUCCCACAGUCUUAUCUCUGUUCAUUCAGCGUGUCAGCAUUGCAGUUCAGUCCUUCUGUGCCCACUAGGUGGCCCUGCUCAUUCACUUUAUGGUUUCAUGAACCUCAGUGCUGAGGUCAGUAGAAAUACUCUAAAAUGAGCCAAGACAGCAGAUGGCUGUUUUGACAUGUGAUAUCUGCUUAGACAGAGAUUUUUAAACUUCUCUUCUGUACAGGGUUCGGUUACAUAAUUUCUUUGUUGUUGAAAUCGUUAACAUUCCCACUUUGGAUAACUGCGUUAUUAAGUAAUGAUGAAAAUGCUUGAAGCUAAUGAGAAGUCGGAGAUUAGAUAUAAAAUGUAUAACGAUGUUUGCCAUAGAUGCAGCCUUAUUACAGUGUGACUAACAUGAAACCCGCUGCCGUGUUUGCACUCAUUUACGAUGUGUACCGUAGCCAUGCUUUCCAUACUGAUAUCCCACACACAACACUUAAUCAGGUUUUUGUGUUUGGACGACUUGUACAUCUGUGUGUAAUCCCUCUGGGAUCACUGGCAUUUUACCACCUUUUUUUUUUUUUUUUUUUUUUUUUUUUUUUUUUUUUUUUUGACAAUGGUGAUUCUGGGUAACCUCAGGUGCUCAUGCACUCUCUGCCCUGUUACUGUGUGCUGGUCAAGUUUCAAUUAAAUUAAGUUUAAAGCGAGAACAAACAAUUGUUGACUAAUAUUUUAGACCCCACUUACUUUAAGACACUCCGUGACCGACGCUGUUUGACUAGAGGAGCUUCUUUUUUUUUUUUUCCUUUGGUGGUAGGGGUAGAAAGUUCAUUCUUCAGGAAGAUAUGCCUUUGGUUGUGCAUUUUAGAUGUUUCUCCAUGCUCUUGUCUGUUGUGUGUGUCUGUGUGAGUGAUUUUUGUGAAAUAUACCAUCCGGCUUCAGGCUCUAUUAAUGCUGAGUGCCUGUGUGUGUGCUCUGAGGUUUGUAUGUGUGAUCUGGAGUUGCUCUUUCUGCUUUUACAGUGUAAACAUUUGUGCAAUAUCUGCAGACUGUUGGUGUGAUUCUCUUUAAUGGAGAGAAAAACAAAUAUUUCUCAUAAAUUAACUUUUGUGUAUAUUCUAUUCGUAUGACUAAUUCCCAUAUGAAGCUUGUCCAGGGUUGUUUCUGGCAGAUUUGUUGAAUUUCUUCUUUUUUUUUCUGCAAUUUUCCAAUUAACAAGUUGAAUUUGAUUGUCUGUCUGAUCUGUGGAGUUAUGCUGUGGCUAUUUGCAGGUCAGGUCUUACUCUGACCAGUGUAUUAAACGGUCUGCAUUAAACAUAUUUUGGUCAAGAUGUGGUCUUCAAAUUCGAAACGGAGACUUCUGAUAAUAAAUGAAUUUUCUGUCUGUGUUAA